AAAGGAUGGAUAAUCUUAAUCAAUGAAUCUUGAAAAGUUGGCAAAAGAACAUUCAUUUCUAAAUCGUGGUGAUGGUAUCCCUUUAACAGCACAGUCACCUCUACGUUACAGUAACACCUUAUUUUUCUGAGAUAAACUUACAGGGAGUGCCCAGAAGGGAAUACCAAGGUGAGGGCUGGCAGAAUGCCAUUGCUGUGCCGGAGGCCGAGACUCUGGGAAAGUAGAACAAGCAGGGAACAAAGAAGAGAAGUCCUGAUCAGAUCCAUAUUCACUGGCUCUUGUUUUGGAAUAAGUCUUUGCCUGAUCAACUGACUGGGAAAAGACAAAGCAUCUGUAAUAUUACUAGGGGACCCUCUUGUUUCGUCACUUGAGAAUUUAGCCUUACUCUGCCCUUGCAGUGUAACUUCUCUUUGUGUCCUGUCCUACUUUACUAUCAAUAAACAGGUACUCUGCUAUCAGGAUGGACAAUCUCCUCUGUACAACCUGUGUCUCAGCCUGACUGUCCUGCAGCAAAAUCACUGGGAUUACACAGUGCAUUACGGAACCAGCAUGUAUCACCACCAAGUCAUUCCAUUUAGCCUUCCCUCAACCCUACCGGAGGAUCCCCAGCCUUCUAACAGCCAGACCCUGCUGACAGAGGUUUGUUCAGCCUCAUUGCCCUGGGAACAUUCAGAGUUUGGUUAUGAAAUCAGUGAUAUGGACUUGCCCUUCCUGGCCUGUCUUGCCUCCCCCACUAAUUCUACACUGGUGUUGGACACAUGCAAUAUGGAGGACAAUAACAGCACUGAUGAAGGACCCCCUCAGUUUACAGAAUUAUUGGCCACUGUGACAACCUACAGGAGGAAUUUGGACCAACAGGUUUCACGAGAGAAAACAAAGAGCCCAGUUACGGUUGUUGCCCCAGGCAUCUCGGGAGAGAGUAAAUCCCAGAAAGUCCAGCAGAAGAGCAGUCGGCAAAGGAAAAGAGGUCAGAGUGUUCAUCUAUGGGAGUUUGUGCGGGACCUGUUGUUACACCCACAAAAGGACCAAGAAGCAGUGCGCUGGGAGAACCAAAAUGAAGGAACCUUCAGGGUCAUUAGGUCUGACACCUUUGCACAGCUCUGGGGAGAACAAAAGAAGAAUAAAUGUAUGAAUUAUGAGAAACUGAGCAGAGCACUAAGGCACUACUACAAGUCGGGGAUUCUGGAGAGAGUGGACGGCAGGCUAACGUACAAGUUCGGAAGAAAAGCCCAUGGCUGGAGGGAUGAACCUCUUCAGAAAGUCACAUAGCACAGGCCCAGGAGAGAAAUACUCACAUAGAAGUUGUGUUUAAAAAGGUCUAGGAUAUCAUAUUGAUCCUCAGGGGAGUUCCAGUAUCAAAGGAAUUUAUAAAUAUACAGAUAAAGGUGGCUGUACAGAAAAUACAACACUGUGUGUUUGUGGUGGGCCAAGUUGGGCUUAAAUCAUUGGCCUUUGGGCUUUUGGUAUAAGCAGAGUGGUCAAUGAAAUGCUGACCAUAUAUUUGUGAUUCAGUUCAGUCCUAGCCUUGAUAUGGAAGGUGUUUGAUUCCAUACAUAGGCCAAAUGGGAUCAAACUGUUAUCCAGUAUCUGUCAGUUAGAAUUAGGGCAAUAAUGGUCACUAAUGUCCCUGUUUCUCACUUGAACUAUAUACAGAUAUGGGACCUGUUAUCUAGAAUGCACGGGAUCUGGGGUUUUCAAGAUAAUGGGUCUUUUA